AUGACAAUGGGUCUCAAAGCGACUUCCUGCCCAUGUUUCGUCUACGGCAAAACUCAACAUCGUCUCAGUCGAGAUCCCCAUCUUAUGGGCUAUGAGCGAUUCAAUGCUGACGUAUGCCGUUAUAUGACAUCUGGUUAA